CCGCGGCCGGUAGCGGGGACUCGGGCGCCGGCAGCGCAGCGAGGUUCCCGGGGCCGGGCCCGGCCGAGAGCGGGUCCAUGGGCCGAGUCCUGCCGCGCUGCGGGGCGGCGCUGGGCCUGGCGCUGCGCCUGCUGCUGCUGCUGGGGGCUGUAGCCCUGCGGGGGGGCCACUCCCGCCUGCACUCCAGGCGCAUGUUCCAUACGGUGGUGUCGGAGCCCGGCCCGGGGCUGCCCUGGUACAGCCGAGUUGCAUACGUGGAUGAUCAGGUCAUCUUCGACUACACCAGCGAGACGCAGAGGGUGGAGCCCCGCACAGUGUGGAUGGCGCAGAACGAGGGUCCGGAGUUCUGGGACUUUCAGAACUUUUGGGCACGGUGCUGGCAGGCCUGGUUCAACGCGAGUCUGAACACCCUGCGUGAGCUGUACAACCAGAGCGAGGGAUUUCACAUUAUCCAGAUGAUAAGCGGCUGUGAUCUCCGGGAAGAUGGCAUCAUUCAGGGGUUUUACCAGGAUUCAUACGAUGGACGAGACUUUCUUACCUUCGAUAAGGAGACCAUGACUUGGGUAGCAGCAGAUAUUGGGGCUCAGAUCAGCAAGAGGAGAUGGGAUGCUGAAGUAUUUGAUGACCAGUGGUGGAAACACUUCCUGGAGGAGAGAUGUAUUUCCUGGCUAAGGAGUUCUCUAGAGUACGGGAAGGAGACUCUGCAGAGGAAAGUGCGCCCAACAGUUAGAGUGAGUGACAGGUCAUCUCAUGACGGCCUCACCACCCUCUCCUGUAAGGUCAGUGGGUUCUACCCCCGGGACAUCACCGUGACCUGGCUGAGAGAUGGGGAGAGCAGACAGCAGGUGACCUACUCUGAAGGCAUCCUACCCAGUGGGGACGGGACCUACCAGACCUGGGUGGCAAUGGAGAUUGAUCCCACGAUCAAAGCCCAUUAUUCAUGUCACGUGGAGCAUGAAAGCCUGUUAGAGCCACUCUCUGUCCCCUGGGAACCAAAUAACAGUCUGAUUCCCACUGUGGCUGGAGUUAUCACUGCAGUUGUCCUGGUUGGUGUUAUAAUUGGAGUAGUCGUCUGGAAAAAGAAACACUCAGGGAGGAAGGGAGACGGCUACGCUGUAGCUCAGGGAUUGAGGCUGGAGUAGGCUGGCCCCUGAUACCACCUGGAACGUUGAGGGAUGGGGCAGAAGGAGGUGCUACAAUGGAGUUCUCCACUGAAUGCAAAAGGCGGUGGGCCUGUGAUUAUUGAACCUGUGGAGCAACAAGAGUCGGCAGCAUCUGUGUUUGUUGCUGGAGAAGCCCCCUCAUGUCCUAGUGCAGUUCCUGCUCCUUUUUCCAGCGGCAGGGGAAGAUUUGAAAAGUCAUUGAUCGUGGGAGUUUCAGGCUGCUAUUUGGGUCACGCUAUGUCACAUAGAUCUUUUUCCUGUCUGCGCCUUUUCCCUCACCAGCUUGUUGGCCAUAUUCACUCUCCAUGCUCACUGUUCACAAGCUGCUGCAGCACUGGCUUUCAGGAUCUCACUGAACGUGUCAUUCCGAGUCCUUGUCUUCCUCCUUGUUGUCUGGGUCAGGCAUUCCACUGGCGAAGAGGUGAGGUCCCCUCCAGGCCGCAACGCCAGCAGCUGCAGAUAAACCAGCGGUAUUAUUGUAAGAAGUUGUGCUGCUGUAUGAUUAAAAUAUGACCAUGUAUAUCAUUGUUGCUAACAUUGUUAUGUCAUUGCAAGAAAUCUUAUACAAAGUAUGCCAUGUAAAGUAUCAAUGGAAAAGUACAACCUAUCAAACAUGAUUAUUCUGUUUGUAUGCAUGUAUCCUCUUUAUCUCUGAAGUUAUGAAUAUUGACUAUGUGCCAGUAUCUCAAAUAAAAACAACAAGGAGU